AUGUAUUCACGAGUAAUGGUGAAUGAUAUCAAGUGGAAAUUGCAGAUCUGGGAUAUCAUCGAGUCAGGUGAAUGGCUUGAUCAUCCCGAUCGACUGACGUCGUUCUUUUUCACCGUAUAUGCUGAUUUAAAGAAGUAUCAGUAUUACUACUGGAACUGUUUCCCAACGCUUUGCUAUCCGUCUGAUAUGACACAGAAAGUCGCUCCUAUAACUGUAGAUGAGAGGCUUAUGCAUUAUUUCGACGAGACGAAAGCACCGGUUUUCAUAUGGAAAUCCAGUGGAGAUUGCUUACCGAUCAGUAAAUUGUCUGAAAUAAACGGUUCGGAGGAGGUGAAGGUAGUUUUUGCUGACCCUUCGCCGCUGAGGGGUCGUGCUGGAUGGCCACUGCGAAAUUUGAUAGCGGCUAUCGCGCGCUACAAACCUUCUUGGAAGCAAAGCUCGUUUAUAUCUUUGCGACCGGGGAACCAGUUAGAGGAAUUUGUUAUCUCUUGGACAGCUGUGGAGGCGACAGCUUUACCUCCUACUGUUGGUUGGGAGAGAACGCAGGAUGGUAAAAUGUCGCCUCAGUUUGCCGAUAUGAAGAAGCAGUUUGAUCCCAAGAAAUUGAUGGAUCAAGCUGUUGGUCUGAACCUUUCUCUUAUCAAAUGGAGGCUUGUACCAGAAAUGCGUUUGGAACGUUAUACAUCGUUGAAGGUGCUCAUAUUCGGAGCUGGUACGCAGUCAUUAUCAGAAUUCGAAGAUGCUCGAGAUUCUCGUGGUAAAGCUGAGACCGCUGCAGCUGCUUUGCAACGUAUCUAUCCCAGUAUGGACUCACAAGCAGUGCGAUUCACGGUACCUAUGCCCGGACAUACGGUAUCGUCUAGUGGAGAAGCUGCUUUGGAAAAAGAUGUAGCUUUGGUAGAUGAUCUUGUUGCGCAACACGAUGUGGUCUUUUUGGCGCUAGAUAGCAGGGAGGCUAGAUGGUUGCCUACAGUGCUGGCCACUGUGCAUGGGAAGAUGGCAUUCAGCGUCGCAUUAGGCUUCGACAAUUACGUUGUUAUACGCCAUGCUACCGUAUCUGUGAAAGAGGGUACUGUAAUACCAUACGCGGAUCUCGCAUGUUAUUUCUGCAGUGAUGUGACGGCGCCAGGAAACUCAACUGCCGACAGAACGUUGGAUCAGCAAUGCACAGUAAGCCGACCAGGCUUGUCGAUGAUAGCAUCAGGAACAGCAGUAGAGCUGCUUUCCUCCGUUCUGCAACAUCCAGAUCCAUUGACAGCUCCAGCUAACAUAGGCGAGCUGGAUGACUCGUCAUCUUUACUAGGCGCCACUCCACAUCAGAUUCGCGGAUUU